CCCACGGCAGGACAGAACAUUACCUAAACAAUGAUACAACCUCUGUGUAUCAUUGUUUUCCAUGUUCUGAUCUGAAGCAAGAACAACAUAAUCUUUAUUUCUUCCUAGUCUCAGUUUCUUCUCCAUUAUUAUUGUCUUGUUUUUCUUCAGUCCCUUUCUCUCUUUUCCUAGGAAAGGAUAGAUAUAUGAUGUUUGUCGUCUGAGGAGAUCAGAGGGAAAGGGUUUUCUUGUUUGCAGAAGAAGAAGGAAAGAAGACAGACAACAACGAAAGAGAGAGACAGAGGGGUUCAGAUAUGUUGCAGAGGGGUUCAACCAACUCCCAUUCAUGGUUGUAUGCGAGCCAUAUCAGGACCAAGCAAUCCAAAUGGCUCGACCAAAGCCUUCAAGAUAUGGAGGAAAAGGUGCAAAACAUGUUGAGGAUGAUUGAACACGAUGGGGACUCAUUUGCAAAAAGAGCAGAAAUGUAUUACAAGAAAAGGCCAGAGCUAAUAAACUCUGUGGAAGAAAGCUACAGAGCUUUCAGAGCCUUGGCUGAAAGGUUUGACAACCUAUCCAACCAACUCCACACUGCAAACCACACAAUUGCCACAGUUUGCCCUGAGCAGAUCCAGAAGAUGGCCAUGGAAGACGACUACGACUUCGAUUCCCCAAGAUUCCCCAAGAAUCUUCACCUCCCUCUCCCUGCAAAUGAACCCAUCAGCCCAAAGCCCCCAAAAGCUUCCAAAAGGGACCUCAAACCCAUCAUCACAAUACCCUCUAAGCCAUUCCAGUUCAAGAACAAGCUGCCAAAUGGUGAAGACAGUGUUGUUGUUGUUAGCACUCCCCCUUCUGCUAAAUCUGGGCUGACCAAACAGGAAGCCAUUGAAGAGAUUGAGAGGCUCCAGAAAGAGAUAUGUGGGCUGCAGACUGUGAAGGAGCUCGUGAGGAGCGAAACCGGGAUUUCGAAAUUCCAGGAGAUUGACAAGCAGAUCAUGGAAUUGCAGCAGAGUGUCUCCAGGCUGCAGGAUGAAUUCGGUGUGGGCAUCGACGAUAAGGCCGCCCGGGAUCUGGUCGCAGAAACAGCACUCAAAUCAUGCCAAGAAAUCCUGGCAAAGCUGCAGGAGGAGCAAGAAAAAUGUGCUAAACAGGCUAAAGAUGAAUCCCAGAAGAUUGCAGAUGAAUCUAUCAAAUCCGAGUAUCUUAAUGAGGGAGACGAGUCCCAGGGAGAACCCGGGGAUGCAAAGAAAGCUGAAACAGCACUCAAAUCAUGCCAAGAAAGCCUGGCAAAGCUGCAGGAGGAGCAAGAAAAAUGUGCUAAAGAGGCAAAAGAUGAAUCCCAGAAGAUUGCAGAUGCAGACCGGAAACUGAAAUCUAUCAAAUCCGAGUAUCUUAAUGAUGAAGAGUAUCAGGAAGACGAGUCCCAGGGAUCGAACCAAGAACCCAGGGAUACAAAAGAGGGAUUAUUGCAGCAGACAUUUAAGGAAGAACAGAUUGAUGAUGAUGGGAACUCAAAGGGAAACCUCACUGUUACUGAUCUGACAAUCAAGAUUGAUGAGCUUGUGGACAAAGUAGUCACCCUGGAAAUCACACUCACUUCCCAGACUGCUCUCAUUGACACAUUAAGAACCGAAUCCAACGAUCUCCAUGCCCAAAUCCAGAGCUUGGAGGACGACAAAUCAAGCCUGACUGAAGAUAAACACAAUCUGAGCAACACAGUGAGUAAACUCGAGGAAGAGUUGAAGAAACUGAAGAAUCUAAACCAAGAAGUUCAAAACGAAAACAGCAGCCUCCAAUUGCAGCUGGCUGAAGCCAUUUCCAGUGCUGAUAAUUUGUCUGAGAAUCUGAAAACUGCAAAACCAGACAACAAGAUUGAGUCCAUGGAACCCAAAGAAGAAGACAUGGAAAACAAAACAGGAGAACAAAAAGGGGAAGCCACAAAACCAGAAGCGAAACAUGUGACAUUUGCAGAACCAAGAAUACUAGAAUCCCCAACCAAACAACAAAACAAGGACGAGGAGGAGAAAACAGAACUGGAGAAGGACGAGAAGUUCAACUGGCAGAAGAUGCUGUUGAAUGGAGUAGAGGACAAAGAAAGAUUGCUACUGAAAGAGUACACCACGAUUCUCAGAAGCUACAAGGAUAUCAAGAAGCAAGUAGAGGAAAUGGAGAAGAAAGACAGGGACAACCAGUUCGAGGUUGCAUUGCAGAUAAGUGAUCUGAAAACCACCAUUGCAAAGAAAGAUGAAGAGAUUCAAACCCUCCACCAAAAAUUAAACCUUUUGCCAGGACUAACUGAGGAAGAGAAGUUAGCCAUGCUUAACAAUUCCUCUUCAUCCAACCAAAAACACGUCCCCGAUACGAUCUCGAUUGAUAAACCUGCAAGCAUUUCACCCGUGGAAGCGAAUCUCAGGCAGAAAAUCGACGCUGUCCUGGACGAAAACCUGGAUUUCUGGCUAAGAUUCAGCACUUCAUAUCACCAGGUACCGAAAUUCAAAACAGCAGUGAAAGAUUUGCAGGAUGAGGUAAUCCAGGCAACCCAGGCCAACGCAAAGAAAACUCACAAAAAGUUCAAAUCAGAAAUCAAGCCUGCAUACAAACAGCUGAUAGAAACACACAAUGAACUAUCAUCUUGGCUAGAACAAAGCCAAUUUCUCAAGGAUGAACUGCAGCGAAGGACCUGGUCUUUAUACAGAAUCCAGGAAGAUAUCACACAAGCUUUAAGGGAUGGCGUCGAAGAAGACGAGAUCAGAUUCAGCAGCCACCAGGCAGCCAAGUUCCAGGGGGAAAUCCUGAACAUGAAACAGGAACAUGUUAAGGUCAGGGAGGAGCUGCAAGCGGGCGUGGAUCACAUCGUUUCGCUGCAAGGUGAAGUGGAGAAGGUGGUCAAACAUCUUGAUCAGGAAUAUGGGUUCUUGAUGGUGGAUCACCCAAUAUUGCUGACCUCUAAGACCAAAACUCGAGUCCCAUUAAGAACAUUCAUCUUUGGAUCCAAUCGAAAGAAGCAGAGGCGUUCUGUUUUUUCCUGCAUUCCCAGCGGUAAAUAUGAGGUCUUGAGAGAUGGAUCACAUCCAUGAUCCAUAAAUCUUCUGUUCUUCUUCUUCUUCUUCGUCUUCUUCUUAUUCUUCUUCGAUUCCUGCUGACAUUUCAAUCUUUCAUAUUUUUUCUUCUUUUUUCUUGAUUUGCAUUGGAGCUGGAGACUGUAACUAUAAUCUCAGACUGCCAGUAGUGAAAACAGGCGAUUUUUUUUGUCAGAAUUGAAUUCAUGGAUUGGGACUGUUAUCGCAUGAUUCGCAUGAACAUUGCAGUUUGGUCGGAGAAAUCUAGUAAAUGUGUUAUAGAUUUCUAUGUAUUCUGUCAUCAUGAAAAGGCCCAUUUUAGGUCUCACUUUAAUCUCUAAAGGCCCACUUUGGUCUCUUUGGAUCAAUGCCUUGUUGGGCUACAUUGCACCACUUUGGGGAUCAAUACAUAAUAAUUAUAUUUACACAUGUAUACAAUUUGGUAAAAAUCUCUAC